AUGGAUCCACAGUCAGAUAGAGAUGCGUAUCAACAGCUAGGACAACGUUUAAAUCAACAACAUUCUGAACAACUAUCGACGCAACUACAGGUGUUUCGAUCUGCUUUAAUCAACUUUGUCAAUGAUUACAGCAAUGAGAUUAAAAGUAAUGGUGAAUUUCGAUCCAAGUUUAAUCAAAUUUCCCAACUGAUUGGAAUGGAUCCAUUGGAUUUGCUCAUUUACGCUAAUUCCAAAACAAAAAGCAAUGGCAGUAAACGCGAUGUCAAUAAUUUUGUUACUGGAUUAUCGGUCAAGAUUGUAGAAAUAUGUCAAGAGACUCGAGAUUUGAAUGGUGGAUUGUUAUCCUUACGUGAAUUACAAUCAAUCUUGACUGACAAUUCAUCUGAUUUGAAAAUAGACAUCUCCACAAAACAUAUAGAGCAAGCUAUAACUAUUUUAAAUUCAAUGGGUAAAAACUACGAAUUGAUAAAGAUUAAUAAUGAGUCGUGGUUAAAAUUUUCCUCCAUAGAGAACUUGUCUAAUGAUCAGUUGAAAAUUUAUGAGCUAUGUGGAUUUAUGGGAGGAUAUGUCACUAUGGGUUUGAUUAGAGAUAAUUACGGUUGGGAUAAAUAUAGAAUCAAGAGUGUUAUUGAUGAAAUGAUUAUGAAUGGGAUAUUGUGGGUUGAUGAACAAGGUGAGGAUGAAUGGCAGUACUGGGAACCAUCGUGGAUAUCGCAUUAA